GAUAAUGCAGAGCGUGUCGGCGGCGGUGAAUGGAGGAGCCACCCCGAGCCUACAAGAUGCCAGAGAGGAGCAGCGGCCCUUGAAACAGUCCCUGAGUGGUUCGCUGUGCCGGGAGUCUCACUGGAAAUGCCUCGUCCUGACCCUCCUGAUGUACGGCUGCUUCGGCGUGGUGACCUGGUGCCACCUGUCCAAGGUGACCCGACUGGCCUUCAACAAACCAUAUGGCGGUGAGUCGAUGAUCUACCAUGAGAGCCCCUGCUCCAGUGGCUACGUGUACAUCCCCCUGGCCUUCCUCAUGAUGCUCUACGUGGUAUACCUGGUGGAGUGCUGGCACUGCUACACCAAGAACGAGAUGCAGCACAAGGUCGACGUCAACAGUGUAUACGAGCGGAUCCAACGCCUCCAACAGGCCACCCCCUGCAUCUGGUGGAAGGCCAUCAGCUACCACUACAUCCGGAGGACCCGGCAGGUCACGCGCUACCGCAACGGCGAUGCCUACACCACCACGCAGGUCUACCACGAGCGGGUCAACACCCACCUCUCCGAGUCAGAGUUCGAUUACUCCCGGCACGGGGUCAGGGACAUCUCCAAGGAGCUGCUGGGCCUCAGCGAGUACCCGGCCACCAAGCUCCGCUUCACCAAGUGCUUCAGCUUUGCCAGCGCCGAGUCAGAGACCUCCUACCUGACCCAGCGGGCCCGCUUCUUCAGCGAGAACGAGGGCCUGGACGACUACAUGGAGGCCCGCGAGGGGAUGCACUUGAAGAACGUUGACUUCAAGGAGCACAUGGUGGCCUUCUCUGACCCCAAGAACCCACCCUGGUACGUCUCCCGCUACAUCUUCUGGACGCUCUCCUUCCUGGUGCUCUCGUGGCCGCUCCGGGUUUUGGCUGAGUACCGCACGGCCUACGUCCACUAUCACGUGGAGAAGCUCUUCGGCCUGGACGAGGGGCUGCUGCUGACCCCCGAGGAGGCCGGGCCCUACGGACGCCGCAUCUCCCGGGUCAACACCAUCGACAUGACCGAGCUGGAGUGGCACAUCCGCUCCAACCAGCAGCUGGUGCCCAGCUACUCGGAGGCCAUGCUGAUGGAGGCCUCGUCCUCCUCCUCCGCUGCCUACCUGCAGCGGUGCCAGCGCUGCCGGCGGACGGUCAGCAGCUCCUCGCUGCCCUCCCGCGAGCCGGCCGCCCGCCUGCCCUUCAGCCGCAGCCGCUUCUCGCUGGGCCGGCUGCAGAGCUCAGGCCGGGCCUGCCUCUUCCGCAGCCUGAGCGGGCGCUUCGGCGGGGAGGGUGGGGGCGGCCUCUCGGCCGAGGACCCCCCCUCCUACCAGGACGCCAUUUACUUCCCGCGCCUCAUCGUGCAUGCGGGCAGCGGUUGCCGAGGGCACCGGCCCCGGCAACAGGACGGGCCGGGGCCGGACACUCUGCUGUGA